GUCAACUCGGGCCGCAUACCACGGUGGCGCGUCUUUCUCGAACGUGGCCAGUAAAACACGUAAUUGCUUUCAAUUCGAUCCACGCGCACGUUUCAUAUUCUCGUCAUAUUCGUUAUCAGUGUAUUAACAAAAUUUCUUGAAGAGUGCUCUGUGACAUUUGUGUUUAUCGUGUUCUGAAGCUAGCCAGCUAAGCAAACGAUCGAACAAGUAACCACGAUGUUCAAAGAUUUUGAGCGUGGCUUUGAAAUCCGAACGAUCGUUCGUAGAUCGGAUCAGAGUGGCCGAUGAAAGAAGAAGAAGAUCGUUGAAAUACUUUGAUAUAUCAGGUGGUCAGAAAAUAAUCAUGGAGAGUGUCCUCGAAUAAUCUUGAAGAUUACACCUAUGAUCAAUACCUGUACGACGAUCUUAAAACUUGAUCUAGAUAAUUUCUUCCUUCUCUUUCUCUUUCUAUUACAUUAACUUAACGAACGAAAGAAACUACGUCUUUCGUAGCUCUGUCCGCUUGGCAACUUAAAUGAUACGUUUACAACGAUCAAUUUCGUCGAUCCUUUUGAUCUUUGAGAUUGUCGAUGAUCGCUGAUAAGAUAUUGAUAUCUAAUUAAUAUUUUAAUCUUUGGUAAUUCCUCCAAAUGGAAAAAGUUCGUGCAAGUUUGAUAGUUAUUUGCAAACCACUUUUGUAUACCUUUCCGAUCGAUAGCUAUACCUGAACCGUGGGAUACAAAUUGAAACAGGUGGAGGUCGGUCUGUAGGGUAUAACUUUUUUUCGUUGUUGUUGUCUUGAGAGAAAGUCGGACCCAAGUUGAAAAUACUCCCAACGACGUAUCUUGAAUCGUUUCAAAUCGUUGUUGUUGUUGUUGUUGUUGUUGUUGUUGUUGUUGUUGUUGUUGUUGUUAUCGCAUUAAUGUCAAUGUACUCCUGGUUUAAGCUCGUUCUCAAUUAUUAAUAUUAUAUAUGGAUAUAUCGGAUAUUGUUUUAAAUGAUUUAAAAAAAAUAAACGUGAUAAUCGUGAUUAUAGAUUAAAAUGAACAACAAUUUUCUUGUUCUAUCUUUAUUUGAUAAUAAAUGUAUAUUUAUCGAUCCGUAAAACGAAAGUAUUAAUCAUUAAGCAUUAUAGACGUAUAUCUAUCGAUUUCGUUAGUCAGCCAUAGAAACACGUUUGCUAUUUUAUUUUCUUUUAUUUUUCUUUUAUUUUCUCAUUUAUUUUUAUUUUUAUUUUUUUUUUAUUUUUUUCAUUUAUUUAGAUUAAUUAAACAUUAAUGCUUAUGUAACUUUAAUUUAAUCGGACUAAUAGAAAAAAAAAAAGUUAGUAAAAUAUUUAAGAUUAAGAUUAGAACGUCUAGAAGAUGAAUGUUUAAUCGUGCGUAAAACGAAAUCCACCAAGGUUUUACAGUUUGAUCGUAAUAAUUUAUCACAGUAUAAAGAUAGCUACUAUAGUAUCGUAUACGUCGAGAUAUUGAUAUUCCUUGGACAAAGCGAAAACACAUCAAUAUUCUUAUUCGUCUACGUAAGAAUAUAAUUGUAACGAACAUUGACAAUAAGAAUGAUACUUUCCAGAGAACAACGCCGGAUGUCUAUCUUCGGUAGUAGACCGUUAUCUGAACGAGCAAUCGUUGAGACUCGAUAAGAGUUAAUAACGAUUUAAAAAGAGAAAAAAGAGAGAGAGAGAGAGGGAGAGAGAGAGAGAGAGAGAGAGAGAAAGAGAGAAGGAAAAAAAAAACUUCAUUAUAUCGAGUUCUUUACGAAACAAGCAGUAUGGCCUUGGCAAAGAUCAGGAGUUUUAUCGACAAUGGCUUGAAAACUGUGUCGACGCCUUUGGAUCGUACCGUCAACUUAGAACCGGAAGUAGGCGUCAGAAUCAUCCAUUCGCCAAAUGAAAAAACUCUCUGCGUAACCGUCAUUGGUGCAAGACACUUACCGCAAAAUUUUGGCUUCACCAGAGUCAACAGUUACGUCGUCAAGGUGAAGCUAAUACCAAGUAAAGAAAAAUUCGAGACAACUUCGAAAAACGAAUCGUGGCCUCAAUGGAACGAGGAAUUCACUUUUCAUUUACGAAAAGAGACAAAGAUCAAGUUUGGUAAGUCGAAGGUCGUAGAGGAAGAAAUAAAUGGCUCGAAAUUCAUCGUAGUCACGCUCUAUGCCAUUCUCGAAGACAAACCGUUGAUAGCAACGGAAAAGAAAGAAGCUGAUAAAGAGAAAAAUUCGUCACCUGCUAAAGACAGCGGAAAAAAGGGUGGUAAAAAGGGACAGGAGGGAUCAUCGAAUGAUCAUCAGGAUUCCUCUAAGAGUAAGAUAUUUGGUCAGUUUUUUAGUACAGGACAGGAUAAAAAUUCAGACGCUCAAAUCAACGAAAGGAAAAUCUUCGACAAAAGACGAACCGUCGGUGCAACCACGAUAUCUCUAGAUUUGAAAAACUUUAUAAUAAAACCACCAAAAUCGAAGCACGCUAGUGACGUAUCAACUGGUGACUUGUGGAGACCUCUCAGACCGAUUAGCAGUGGCAUUUCUAUUACCGACGAUAAAAAAGAAAGUAAAAAGGGCAAAAUCGAGUUGUCCCUUUGCCUUGAAAAAACAGAUAAAAAGGAUGAUAACUGUGGACUCCUCGUGUUAUGUCUUCAUCGUCUGAGAUGUUCAAUACAGACAAUGCACGAACACGAAGUAUUGAAGGGACAGAUGUACCUGAAAAUGUCGGUCAUUGAGAGCGGCAGGAUAACACAUUUUUGGAAGAGCGAUCGUUUUGCACCUUGCGUUUCGAUGAAAUUUUCACCUGACAUGGCUAGGGUCACCGCAGAAAAUCCUUAUCAGGGUGCUCUCAAGGAUGUGAGCUUCGUCAUAAAAUACGUUUCGAAAAAUAAAAUGGGUAAGAAAACGACAGUCGGUCAUUUUGCUAUCGGACCCGACGUUGGUGGCCCUUAUGGCGAACAAUGGAAACAGGCUCUGGCAAAACCAGGACAGCAGAUAACGAAAUGGCAAUCAUUCGAGUAAUAAUGCAUUCGUCCGAAUAUAAGUUUUUUUCGUUCCAUUAUGUUCUCACUUGCCGGAGAUAAAUGUUCUUUUGGUAUUAAUAGGAAAAAAGAAAAAAAAAAAAAAAGAAAAAAAAAAAAAAAAGAAUUGUCGAUAUAACCGAUACGAAUACGAAAUGUCUAUUUUAAUAUACUGAAAAUAUUAACCGUCCACUAAAAAUAUAAUGUUUAAUAAAAAGAAUUAGAUUAAGUUUGUUCUGGUGACAGUAAAGGCUGACUGAUAUAUUUUCUACAGAAAUCAGAAUUUAAAUAAUAGAAUACUCUUGCUGUGA